CAAACCGGGACUGCUCUGGUCCAUCCAGAGGAAUGAGCAUGUUGUGCAGUGUGUCGUGGAAGUGUGAGUGGUGCAACAGGAAGUGUGGGUGCUGAAGUUCAUGGAGACUAGUGUUUAAGCCAGACCUGGGCAUUGUACGGCCCGCGGGCCACAUCCGGCCCGCGAGACAUCCCCAACCGGCCCGCAUGAGUGUUCCUGGGUAGGCUCUGGACUCACCAUGACAUGGAUUAGGAUGAAGACUUUUUGGAGGACUAAUGAAAGAAUAAUACAUGUGUAAGUGGUUGGCAGGAGGGAUUCAGAACUGCAACCUUAAGGCAGUUCUCUCAAGCCAACAGAAGAAUGGACAACGCCACGUACGCUUACUCGACCGACUGCACUCCACUCACAAACUGUAAGUCCUCGCAUAGGCCACUCCGCUCCACAGUGAUAAACAUGGGCCAACCAGCAAAAAAGCCCCUCAAUGACUACCUGAUUUGGUCCCUUUGCAACACCCUGUAUGUGAACUUCUGCUGCCUUGGCUUCAUGGCUCUUAUCUACUCCAUCAAGGCAAGAGACCAGAAGACCCUGGGAGACAUGCGUGCUGCUCAGGAGUGCUCAGACAAAGCCAAGUGGUACAAUAUUUUGGCCUCGGGCUGGAACCUGCUGGUGCCGAUGUUGCUGCUCGGAGCGUUUGUGCUGCUGAUUGUGCACCUGGGCAGCCUGCAAGGAACCUUUGACUUCUUUGGAGAAGAUGGCUAUCAGAACUUCAUGAAACUGUUCGGCAGGUAAACGGACUGACAGCAAAAAGAUCCCUUAAAGAAGCUUACCAGCAAACCAUAACCAACCAUGGACUUACCACCAUCUAUGCCUCAUAAACUUUAAUCUUAUUACUAGUCAAUGUAUUAUGUAAUGUUAUUUUCAGAUUCUUAUAUGGCAAAUAAGAAGUAUUCAAUACAAUAUUACUUAUUAUUCUUUAUUUGAAGUUAAUGUGAUCUUUUUCUCAAUAAAGUAUUUAAUAAUAUAAAU